AUGCGGAAGGAGGAUAUGAGGCAGGCUGGACCACUAAUGCUAAUUGAAGCGUUGCUGCGAGCCAUCAUUGUAGAAAAAACACAUUUCCCUGUGAGCACAAUCAACGCUGUCGAGUAGUAUGUAGCUACUGUUAGCUAGUGACGAGCGACUAACGCUCAGCCAGCGACCAACGGUCUCGCUAACUUGUUUGUGUCGGUUACGUUGAACGUCACCCGGCUAACAGGGACAUCACCCUGGGCGAAGUGCUGCUAUAUCCGGCCUAGCAUUACCCGGCAACUAGCUAGCGCCAAACAGUCUGGUGUUUCUCGUCUGUCAGUCGGUCUGCUGUCACAGUCGGUGCACUGCUGCUGUCAGCUGUGUGUGUGUUUGUAUCCAAAGAGGUGACUGGAGGCGUUGGGUGUCGAGCAGGUCGUAUUUUGCCGAUAAUACGUGCAUGGAGAGAUGAACGUUUUUUCUUACAUUCAGUGGGUUACUGUGCCAAAAAGUCACUCUCCUGAUUACCCAACAAGGAUUAGGCUUGAGAGUGGCAACCUCGGUGCAGGGAGAGAGCACAUACUGGCACAAGAAUAUGCAAGGACUCUUGACCUCAACUGAAGUCGACAUAUCCAAGACACAAACUGUUGUCCUUGAUGAAACAGUCUUGGUUAACCUGCCAUCCCCAAUGGAAGUGCCAUCGUAGACUUACGAUACUGUGGCUUGAACUGCUGCACAGUUCUUUGAGCUACAGCCUCGGAGGAAGCAUUUCAGCUCUUAGUUGAACUUGAAGGUGGAGAUGGGUUCCCAAGCUCUUCAGAUAUUGCGGCAGGGUGUGUGGGCUUCACUCACGGGAGGCUGGUAUGUGGACCCACAUCAGAGCACAUUCUCCAACUGCUUCCACCUCUAUCUUUGGAUAUUUCUCCUGGCCUUCCCCUUUCUGCUGUACAUGGCUCUCCCUCCUAGCUUGGUGGUUGCUGGCGUGUACUCUGCUGUGGUGGCAGUCUUUUUCACAGCCAUUAAGGUGGUGAACUACCGGCUUCAUACUAUGUUUGACCUUGGGGAGAUUGUAGAGAAGAAGCAUGCCUCACUCACAGCCGAAGCCCCAAAGACAGAAGAUGGAGAUGAAGGUUCAGGUGUCCAUGAUGGGAAUCAGCACAGGGAUAGUCAUGUUGGUGUAGAGAUGACUGUGUUUCGGAAGGUCAACUCAACACCUCCGGUGCGCUGUAGCUCCCAGCACUCUCUGUUUGGAUUGAACCAUGUGUCGGAGUUCUUGCCCCAACUGGAGGAUACAGGAGGCACUAACGAUAUCAAAGAGCUAAUGCGGGAACAAGGACGCAAUAAUGUGAUUGUUACAUCAGCCCACCGGGAGAUCCUACGCCAGAGGUCCCAGGACACCAUUCGGGCUCCCAGUGUGAUUCACUCCUGCAUUGCUGCUGCGCUGGGAGGAGACUUCCCAGGUCUUAUGGGAGUAUCUGGAAUGUCAGCUGGAUUUGGAGAACCUGGAGUCUGCUUGUCAAUCCCCCCUUCACCCUCCAGUCAAGAAGAUGGAGGCGAGAAGGAACAGUUGCAGGAAUUGGAGGAGUUACCAGAACAACUGUCUCAACAGAGUCCUGAGGACAAUGGGUUGGGGGCUUAUUCUCCCCUGGGCCCCUCUGCUGAAUCUGAGAGCCUGGGGGAUACUCCCCUUAGCCCCCUUAUAAAGAGUAGCUUAAGUGAGGAGCUAAGUGAAAAUCUACUGGGUUUGGGCCUUGACCCUGUGGCGUUUGCACCUGGGACUGAGCACCCAGGCAGCCGCAGUGGGGUAGCACUAGCUGCCGGGUCCACGGACAGCUGUUUCAGUGCAGGUGGAGCCACCACAGACCGUGAGACUCUAAGCACAGUUAGCAGUUACCGAAGUGAAAAAACUGAUUCUACUCAGCUGGAAAGUCCUUCAUUCAGCCAGCCACGGCCUGUAGAUGGACAGGUGUCUGCCUCAGCACCAGCAAUAGGUUCUAACAUGCCGAAGCCCUCAGAGGAUCCAGGAGGUGAGGGUGGCAGUGAUACUGACAACCUGUCGGACAGUGUGCUACUGCGCUCCCCUUCCAAAGACUUCUCCCUCAGCCAGGGGCUAGACAGGACACUUGUUGAAGGAGAGGAUCUAUCCCCUGUACCCUGUGAUAUUGCACAGCCCCGUCCUCUCCAGAACUCGUCCCCUUCAAGUAGUGGUCGCUCAGAGGUUUGUGAUUUAGACAGAAAUAUCUCAGCUCCACCUCUACCCCCACCUCGGCAAGCCAAUUCAGUGCCCUCAGGGCUGGCCCUGGGUCUCGUGUGUUCUGAGCCUGCUUUGCCCAUAUCCUCGACCCCCUUUUUACUGUCUGACCUGCCUGCCCUGCAAGCCCAGCAGGUUGUGCGCCCUAAAGACUUAAAGCUGCUGCGGGCCAGCGGCAGUAGUGUGGGGCACAGGCCAGGCCGAAGGAAAGCUCCACGACGGCGAGCUGGAGCAGGAAGCAGUAGUUUUGACUGUGGCUCUUACAGGCGUCACCACAAUCAUAGACAACACAGAGAUUACAUCCCAGUGCGCAGCCGACUGGGCGCCAAGGCCUACAGUGAAAGUUUGUUUGAGGAUUCCAGCGACGAUGACGAUGGCAGUGACAUGAGUGCCGGUUCUAGUCUUGGCUCUCAGCGCCGAUACAGUUCAGAUGAUGACGACGAUGAUGAUGAUGACUCAAGUUCCUCUACCUCCUGCUACUCCCCGGACCUCACUAACACUGGCAUUACAUCUCCACUCCCCGCCGCUGCUCAACUGCCCACUCCAAGGGAAGGGGAUUUACCUGAAACUGCUGGUCCCUCACAUUCUCGUGCUGCUCAGCGCUCCUCUAGCACUGCUAGUGCCAAGACUCAUGCUAGAGUGCUAAGUAUGGAUGAAGCAGGUGGAGGCCAGAGCAACACAGCGGCUUUGCCCUCUACUCGGCUUACAAUGCCCUCCACUUCCACCCCUGCACCACGCACUCUCACCAUCUCCAAGUCUGACCUGGAAGCCCGCACCAUCCACACUGACGGCUUCCCUGGAACUCAUCAUCAUCAUCAUCGGCUGGAUUCUCUUGGAGGCUCUUGGACUGGCAACCAAAUGGGCUGGAGGGCAGAUGAGCUGGUUGAAGAGGGAGCUGUGGGAGGAGCCAUGGCUCCAGAGGAUGGCGGCAAACACGACUCAGUAAGCACUGUUAAGAGGACCCAGGCCAUCCGCAGGAGACACAAUGCUGGGAGCAACCCUACACCUCCCCCAUCCACUAUGGGCUCCCCUCCCAGCCUUCAGGACCUCCAGCGGGCUCGGACCUCCUCUCAUUCACGGACCCGCACACUUCCCUCAGCCUUACAGUUCGCCUCCUCACUUCUACUGCCCCGCAGUGGCAUCCAUGAGGCCUCCACCUUCGACGACACAUCAGAGGGGGCAGUGCACUAUUUCUAUGACGAGGGUGGAGUGAAAAGGUCCUACACAUUUGGACCUACUGGAGGUGGUUAUGAGGACCCAGUUCAAGAAAGGGAGAGACAAUCCCAGUCCUCAAGCUUCACCUCCACCGAGGUCCAGGAAGGGGCACCAGUCCUGUCCAUGCUGCAGCCAAGACCUGUGGUUUUACAGGGCAUGCAGGUGCGCAGGGUGCCUCUGGAAAUGCCUGAGUUUGAUCUGGAUCACGAGUCUCUACAAGAGUCCCAGGAAAACACUCUGAUGAUUGAGGAGAAAGCCAAACCCAAACAGUACUAUCGCUUCUGGGUGGUGCCUGGAAAGUGGCUGAGAGUUCGAUAUGAUCGACUGGCUCUUCUGGCUUUAUUGGACAGGAACCGCCGUGUGGGAGAGAACGUGUUUGCUGUGGUUCUGGCCUGUUUGGUGGCCUUCCUGGGGUUCCUACUGCUGCUCCAGGACUUUUUCAGGGACAUCUGGGUUUUCCAGUUCUGCCUGGUCAUUGCCAGCUGCCAGUACUCUUUACUGAAGAGUGUACAACCAGAUGCAGCUUCUCCCAUGCAUGGCCAUAACUGGAUCAUUGUGUACAGUCGACCAGUCUACUUCUGCUUGUGCUGUGUGAUGAUCUGGAUCUUUGACCUAUCUGGGCGCUCUGGCAGCCUGCAACCCUUCUCACUCUAUGGUGUCACCUUCUUCUCUGCACAUUUCCUGCUCUGUGUCAGGGAUAUGCUCAUUGUGUUUGCCUUGUGUUUCCCGGUCAUUUUCCUGUUUGGGUUGCUACCUCAGGUCAACACUUUUGUGAUGUGUCUGCUGGAGCAGAUUGACAUGCACAUUUUCGGUGGAACUGCCACAACCAGCCCCCUCUCCUCUCUGUUCAGCCUCAUACGCAGCGUGUUGGUGGCUGCUCUGCUGUAUGGAUUUUGCCUCGGUGCGAUCAACGCACCUUGGGGGGAUGCCCAUGUGCCAGUACUGUUCUCUGUGUUUUGUGGCCUACUCCUGGCCUUAUGCUACCACCUCAGCCGCCAAAGCAGUGACCCUACCAUCCUGUGGUCACUGGUUAGGUCUAAAUUAUUCCCAGAGUUGGAGAACCGAACGCCCGAAGAACCCCCUGUGGAGAUCAAGGACCCCCUUCCUGAGAAGCUGCGCAACUCUGUGAAAGAGAUUCUUCAUUCAGACCUCGUCAUGUGUCCCCUUAUGGCUGUGAUUACCUUCGCCAUCAGUGCCAGCACAGUUUUCAUCGCUCUUCAACCUGCUCUUAGCUUCGUCUUGUACAUCCUGGCCGGAGUUGUAGGCUUCAUUACACACUAUCUCCUGCCUCAACUCCGCAAGCAGCUGCCAUGGUUCUGCCUGGCUCACCCUGUGCUCCGCUCUCGAGAGUACAGUCAGUUUGAGGUCCGAGAUGCUGCUCAGUUGAUGUGGUUUGAGAAGCUGUACGCGUGGCUUCAGUGUGUGGAGAAAUAUUUCAUCUAUCCGGCUGUGGUGCUUAACUCCCUAACGACAGAAGCUCGAACUGUUGGCCAGAACCACAAAGAUCUGGAUAUCUACAGCCGAGCUCUGUUCAUCUCAGUAGCAGGCAUGAAGUUGCUGCGUUCGUCUUUCUGUGCUCCGUCGCAGCAGUACGUCACACUUUGCUUCACCACACUCUUCUUCCAGUUUGACUAUCCACACUUCUCGGAGACCUUCCUAAUCGACUACUACUUCAUGUCCAUCCUCUUCAGCAAGAUGUGGGACCUGCUGUACAAGCUGCGCUUUGUGUUGACUUACAUUGCCCCCUGGCAGAUCACCUGGGGCUCUGCCUUCCAUGCCUUCGCUCAACCCUUUGCUGUUCCCCACUCUGCUGUGCUUUUUGUUCAGGCCAUCUUUUCUGCAAUCUUUUCUACUCCUCUCAAUCCUGUCCUUGGUAGUGCCGUGUUUGUCACUUCCUACACCAGACCUGUCAAAUUCUGGGAGAGAGACUACAACACAAAGCGUGUCGAUCAUUCCAACACCAGACUUGCCACCCAGUUAGACCGCAACCCAGGUGCCGAUGACAACAAUCUGAACUCUAUUUUCUACGAGCACUUGACCCGAUCUCUGCAACACAGCCUGUGUGGAGACCUGCUGCUUGGCCGCUGGGGCAACUACACCACAGGCGACUGCUUCAUCCUCGCCUCAGACUACCUCAACGCUCUGGUGCACAUCGUCGAGAUUGGCAACGGCCUGGUCACCUUCCAGCUGAGGGGUCUCGAGUUCAGAGGUACCUACUGUCAGCAGAGGGAGGUCGAGGCCAUCACAGAAGGGGUUGAGGAGGACGAGGGCUGCUGCUGCUGUGAACCUGGUCACCUUCCCCACAUGCUGUCAUUCAAUGCGGCCUUUGGACAGCGCUGGCUGGCUUGGGAGGUGGCCGCCACCAAGUACGUACUAGAGGGCUACAGUAUCAGCGACAACAAUGCAGCCUCGAUGUUGCAAGUAUUCGACCUCCGUAAGAUCCUCAUCACAUAUUAUGUCAAGAGCAUCAUCUACUAUGUGAGUCGAUCUUCUAAAAUGGAUGAGUGGCUGACUAAUGAGACGAUUCAGGAGGCUCUCCGGCCUUGUCUCGGAUCCAACUACGUCGACAGUGACCCCACCUUCAACCUGAACAUCGAUGAGGACUAUGACCAUAGGGCCUCUGGCAUUACCGCCUCCUCAUUCUGUAUGGUUUACCUGGACUGGAUUCAGUAUUGCAACAGCCGGCGUCAAACGCCGGUGACUUGUGAAAGAGAUUCUCCACUCGUCAACCUCUGUUUUGGGCUCUGUAUCCUGGGCAGACGAGCUCUGGGAACGGCCUCUCACAGCAUGUCUGCAAGCUUGGAGCCGUUUCUCUACGGCCUCCAUGCACUCUUCAAGGGAGACUUUCGGAUCACGUCUCCCAGGGAUGAAUGGGUGUUUGCAGAUAUGGACCUGCUGAACCGAGUUGUGGCACCAGGCGUGCGGAUGUCCCUCAAAUUGCAUCAGGACCACUUCACAUCUCCAGAUGAGUAUGAGGAUCCUAUGGUUCUGUAUGACGCCAUCACUGCCAAUGAGGAGAAGAUGUUGAUAUCUCAUGAGGGUGACCCCGUGUGGCGCAGCGCUAUUCUAGCAAACAUGCCUUCACUGCUGGCAUUGCGCCACAUCAUGGAUGACGGCAGCGAUGAGUACAAGAUCAUCAUGCUUAACAAGAGGUUCCUCAGCUUCAGAGUCAUCAAGGUGAACAGAGAGUGUGUGCGUGGGCUGUGGGCGGGGCAACAACAGGAGCUGGUUUUCCUGCGCAACCGUAACCCAGAGCGGGGCAGCAUUCAAAAUGCCAAACAGGCCCUAAGGAAUAUGAUUAACUCGUCAUGUGACCAGCCCAUUGGCUACCCCAUCUACGUGUCCCCCCUCACCACCUCAUACGCUGGGGGGCACAACCAGCUCCGGUCUGUGUGGGGAGGACCUGUGAGCCCACACAACAUUUACAGCUGGCUCAUCAGUAGCUGGGACAGGUUACAGAAAGGUUGUGGUGCUGGCUGUAACAGCGGAGGAAACAUUGAGGACUCAGACUGUGGAGGCGGCUCCACCUCCAUCUCCACCAACCCUGCCGUUCACACCACCCAGAGUACACCCGCCUCCAGCCUCCCACAGCCACACAUUACCACAGUCCAGCCCUUCAUGGGUACAGACAACCCUGUAGGUCCAACCCAGAGCUGGCCUCAUCACCCCCAACCUCUUCCAUUAGCUCUGCUCAGCCAAUCAGAGGGCAGAAUGGAGGCAGGACUGCUGACGACCCUGCAGCGAACAUCCUCCAUCCAGGGGCUCUUCGGCCAGCAGCUCUCCAGCUCCCAGCUCUCCUUCAGCAGCUCUGUGGCUCCUCCUUCUCUGCCAGGCUCGGAGCGCUUCUGCCCAGCAAGCUUCCUUGAGAACUCGGGUCACAGAGCAGGCCAGCGGGCUGGCAGCGGACUGCACUACGAGAGCCACUUUAGUAAGUGGAGUUUUUCAGGCAGAAAGGGCUUUAACGGACCAACUGCAGUGGAGGUGGAAGGAGGAACAGUACAGACCGUACGCACACAGCCUACUCCUCCUGCACUGCUACAAGAGAUCAGUCUAACACAAGAUCCUCUGGGAGCUGCUCAGAUGAUGGAUCCAACCCUGCUGACUGUAGGGGACCCCCCCGCCCCCCGAGAGGAAUCCACAGAGCUGCCUUUACUUGCGCACCUGCGCUGAGUCUGCACUGGAAAACCCAGAGUGACAUGCUUUGUGAAAGCACACCGCAGUAGAAUCUGUACCGUCCCGGCCCGCCCACCCAGACCAGAAUCAUUCCUCCUUCUGGACUCAUUCCUUCAACCCUCCUUUGACUUACUCAACGGCCCACUACAGUACUGGAGGCAUUUGGUUAUAUGCUCGUUUCUAGCCACAGGAGUUAAACAUCGGAUAGCAUGCUGAACUGAUGCACGUCGGAUCGUGAAAUGAUUUCAGCCAACCUGUUGAUUCCAAAGUCAGCUUUCGUAGUUGCUCCUGAUGGUGAACUCAUUCUUAACUUUGUUAUCAGACCAAGGCACUCGGUGUCUCUAUGGAAAACCUUUUGGUUGUAACAGUAGUCAAAGGCCAGUGCAAUUAAAAGGGAUGUUUUGCUGGAGGAUUGAUUAUGUUUCUAUACUGGAGAAUAGAUAAUCUCUUCUGACUUUCUGUUACUUGACAUCUGCAGCAGAAAAACAACAAAAAAAAAACAUUACUGCUGUUUGUGCAAAAGAAGGAUAUGUGGAAACCAUGAUACGCCUUGUUUUGUUUUCCCAUCCUCACCGGAUCUACAGUUGCGUGUCAAACAAUAUUUAACAGUACACAACUUCUGACGCCUCCGCUUGUUCUACGUCCCUGCACAUUAUACAUAUUGAACAAAAAACACACCCCACCAAAAUGUCAUCCCUGUCUUCUGGUCUAUUUCCCACAGAGGUGCCUGACAACAUCAAUACUCAACAGUUCUGUCUUGGAGAACGUUUCAGGGGUAAAAAAACUCCUUUCCGUCCCAGCCCAAAUGUGGUGCUUUAACCGCUAGUUUCCAUUCUAUUUAGGCCUGGAUACGAGUCCUGAAUCUGACUAGCAACACGAGGAGUGGGGGGACGUUGGACAGAGCUGAUGCACAUUGAUCAGGAUCAAGCGGAGGGCGAUUUCAAUCUUUGGAAAUUGUGUUGAUCACAAACCUACAAACUAGGAGUGUUAGAAACUUCAAGCCUUUUUUUUUUUUGGUGAGUGGAAUGUCCUCUAUUUUAAUACUUUACUUGAAGAAUCACGAGUUCCUCUGUGUUUAAGGUGCACCAAGUUUAUUUUCUUUGGAUGACAUAUCAAUGAUGCCCUCUGAUCACAUCCACUCAGCUCAUGACUUUCUCAGUAUAAGGGACCCGGGCUGCUGGGAGCUGUUUUCUUUGCCUGCAGUAUGGCCCUCCUGUUACUAUACUACUGCUUCUGCAUCUCCUGCUACUACUAAUAUACCCACUACUACUGCUGUUUCUACAACAGUCUAAUCCAGCGUUUUAGUUGGAAAUAAAACAAAGUUUAAUAAAUACUGAAAGCAAAGGUGGAAUAUUUAUUUGAUUAAUAUUGUCUUACAGAUAUCUUUAACUGCGUUCGUCAAUAUGGUGUGAUGUAUCGAAUUGGAAAUAUGCCUUCUGUCAACUGCACCCCACCCCUCCCUCAGUUAGUUUGGUGUCAUCACAUUUGUAUCAUCUCACCAAUGGCUGUCUCUUUUUUUUUUCCUCUUUUUUGUAAUACAGUGUAACUGGAAGAAUUCCUGAGAAAUGACUACGUUGGUUUCUUUCCCUCUCCUGCACUCUUUGUUCGUCCAAAUUCGGCCACAAAUGUUUCCCCACAUCCGGUGAUGUGGCCCCCACAUGUUGUCUGCAGUGCUUGAAUGAUUCUGAAAUAACGUUGUGCCAUACCGUUAAUCGUUUUCUCACCAAAUGAUCUAUUGGAAGCGAUGUUCCCCUCUAGGAAACUUGAAAGGAGGCCAGCGUUCUCAGGGUCUAUAAUUUGAAAUAAAUUGACUUCUUCUGCA